AUGAUCGGUCACUACCCAAAAGGUCUUAAUAAAAUCGCGAAUUCUCAAGCAAGUGAAUUCCAAUCAAACUCUUUACUUACUCCGUCCACUCAAAGUAUCCUUGAGCUUCAUGCUAGUAUUUCAACUGCCCCUAACCAAGAAAUUGAAGAGAGAAAAGAGACAAAUGUGUCUAACAGUGUGGGAGAACAGAUAAUGCCUGAGCUGGACACGCAUAGCUCUCUUGUGUUGAAUGAAAGAGAAAACAUACCUUUCGCUCUCUCUUCUUCUUUGUCAUCUAUUCAAUCUGACUCGUCUCAGGAUGAAGCGAGCCACACUUGCUCAGACUUGUCUUCAUCUUCCUUUUUAUCAUUGCAUACUAUUAGUUCCUUUCACCUUAACUCUCUAUUUGGUUGCAUCGAGCCGCUUAUUCUUUCGCCUACACUCCCUUUCGUUUCUUCAUCUUCAUUGGCCAACACUUCUCGUGAAAGCAUUAUCUAUCCAGAGAAUGAGCAUUAUAAAGAAUUUUCUCAUGGAAUAAAAGAAAUCAUCAGCGAUAAUAAAUUGACUUUCACUGACCAUUCUUACUCUUGUAACCAUGGUAAAUCACUGGACGACUUUAGCGAUGAAGGUGGCCACGGAAAUCAUAUGGAUGGGUAUGCUGGAUCUUGUCUCAUAGAAGAUGCAGCUGAUAAACGUAGCUCCUUCAUUUGCAAUCAUUUUACACCUCAUUAUAUCCCUCCAUCUCCUCAAAAUACUUCUUUAAUUGACAAUAUCUCCAAAUUAGAUGUUGCACCAGAAAUGCCUGAGACACCGGAGCGUGAAUUAUGA